AUGGAAAUCAACACUUCCGGGCUGCCGCAGGUGGUGGGCACCAUCGGGGCCACUCCGGCCUGCAGCUUCGACAACCUGCGGGAGAUCGGGGAAGUGGCGCAGGAAUUCGGAAUGUGGCAUCACGUGGACGCCGCAUACGCAGGGUCGGCGCUGGUGUGCGAGGAAUACCGCUACCUGAUGGACGGAUUAGAACUGGCCGAAAGCUUCAAUUUCAACCCUCAUAAAUGGCUACUUGUGAACUUCGACUGCUCUGCUAUGUGGUUAAAAAACACCCGUGAUGUAACCGAUGCUUUCAAUGUGGAUCCUCUGUACCUCAGGCAUGACCAUCAGGGCCAACAGCCUGACUACCGGCAUUGGCAGAUCCCAUUAAGCAGGCGUUUCCGUUCUCUCAAGCUGUGGUUCGUCAUGCGGUUGUAUGGCAGGCAGGGACUGCAGGACCACAUUAGGAAGCAGAUAGCAUUGGCUCAUGAGUUCGAAGCACUGGUACGCGAAGACUCUCGCUUCGAAAUCUUCUUCCCAGUUACUCUUGGACUGGUGAGCUUUCGCCUCAAGAACGAAAGCAAUGACGUGAAUGAUAGUCUUCUAAAAAGCAUCAAUGCAAGCGGCAUCAUCCACAUGGUUCCUUCCAAGGCCAAGGACACAUACUUUCUCAGGUGA